CGUUUUUUGUGCCACCACCGCACGAUUACAACUUUUUCAUCGUCGUUGAAUACGACGUAUGUGCUUGUUCUGUCAAAAAAAAAUAAAAAUUAAACGCGGAGAAAAUUUAUUUGUCGCAGCACACAAAUUAACCGUGUGUUCAUGCAAAUAAUUAAAAAAAAAAAAUACUAAAUAAUUUUAUCAUUCUUGAUUAAAUUCUCUAUUUUUACCUGAAAGAAAAUUCCAGAAAAUAGUUUAUUUUCUUUGAAAGAUGUCGGAAUAAAUUAAAUAACAACGAGAAAGAAUUUCAUGUGCUAAUCAGAAUAGACAAGAAAUAAAAAAAGAAAAAAAAACGAGAUUUGCGGUGUGCGUAGUUUUUUCGUCGGAUAUCAAAUCAAAUUUUUUAUUUGUUGGUUAAGUUUUAUUUAAAAAAAAAAAUACAAAUACAAACAGCAACAACAUUUUUAUUUAAAUCAAGAGAGAUAGAAAAUAAAUGUCGCAUCGUGAAAAUGUGCAGCUUAGAAAUAACACUGAAAGAUUUGCAGGAUUUAUUAGAUAUUUUCGAAAAAAAAGCAUUCGAAGCGGGAUUAUGUGAGGAAAGUACAACGGAACACGACAUCACCAAAAAAUGUGAAAGCCUCUUUAAAGCCGACUACAGCCUCAUUGAGUUAGACAACUCAAAUGGGGCUCUAUGUCCCCGUUAUCCUAGUCGGAUUUUCAUACCUGAAUUUGAAGCAAGCCAUUCGAACAUGCCAAGCACAAGUUCCGGCAUCACAAAUGGAUUUUCAAAACCCAUUAUAAAUGGGCUUGCCAAUGGUAUACAAGCUUAUGUCACAUUUGCCAACACCUCAUCUAGCCUUCCACAACAAACACAAAAAACUAUCUACGAAGAUCUUUAUGAUGCUGCAAAAAUUCGUGAACUCAUAACAAUGGCGAAAUAUGCAAGAUGUAGACAGCGAUUUACAGUUCCUGUGAUAAUGUAUAAAGGAAAAUAUAUUUGUCGAUCGGCAACGAUAUCGGUCAUGCCCGAAACAUAUGGUCGCAAAGUGGUUGACUAUGCUUAUGACUGUUUGAAUGGAGGUGGAGCAAGUACUAGUACAGGCAUUGUAAAUAACAAUAGCAGUAGUAGUGGUAGUAGUAGUGCGACUAACUCAACAACAGAGGAUGAUAAUAACGAUCCAACUGACGAAUCCCUAGUAAAUCAAGCGACCGAACCUUUGCCUUUCUCCUACGAUGAAGUAAUUAAAAGUGACAUUCAAUUGUUAAGAGCAUUAAACGUCUCGACCAUUGUGGACCUCAUGGUUGAACAGCGAAAAGUCAAGUACUUUAUGACUGUUUCAUCAUCUGAAAAGGCUGAUCCAGAAAAUCAUUACGAACAAUUUAAUAUACUUUCGUUGCCAUAUCCCGGCUGUGAAUUCUUUAAGAAAUUCCGUGACAAUAACUACAUGGCAAAGAACCUCUUCUUUAAUUGGAAACAAAGUUUCAUAGAUGCUUCAUUGAGUAUACCCAUCAAUGGACCUGCCCAUGACAUCGAUAUUAAUUGGCAGGAAUAUAAAAAAUGGGAUUUGGUUUUAAUAACACAAAACUAUCUGAAAGCAACACUAAAAUGCAUUCAGGAAGAGACUUCGGGUGUAUUGAUACAUUGCAUAAGUGGCUGGGAUCGAACACCGUUAUUUGUAUCACUUGUGAGACUGUCUUUAUGGGCGGAUGGCCUAAUACAUCAAUCUUUGAGCCCGCUUCAAAUGACUUAUUUUACUGUAGCCUAUGAUUGGUAUUUGUUCGGACAUCAGCUGCCAGAUCGUUUAAAACGAAGUGAAGAUAUUAUGUUCUUUUGCUUUCAUGUACUGAAAUAUAUACUUGAUGAUGAUUUUAGUGCAACGGAACCUAGUACUAAUGUCAGAAGACGUACAAAGACCACAAGCAGCAGCGGCAGUAGUGUUGUUGUUGUGCGCUCAGAUGGCGGUGAUGAAGAUACACCCAAAGAUCAAACAGAUUCUUUAAGUCAAGCAGAUUCUUUAAGUCAAGGAGAUUGUUUAAAUCAAACAGAUAUGACAAUACUGUCUUUGAUCGUAUUCAUCAUUGUAUGCCGCAUGUACCUCCCAAGGUUCUUAGCCAAAACUCAAACUACAGACACAAACAAUUUAGACUUUACUUUCGAAGACAGCAACGAUAGUAACUCAAAUCCUUCAAACUGUGAUAUGUUAGUAGCUGAUUCUGUAAGCAAUGUAAACAAUAGUUGUAAUCCAAGUAAUGCAAGUAAUACGAGUAGUUCGAGUAGUAUGAGUAUUGGAAGUAAUACGAGUACUGUAAAUAAUGCAAACAGCCCCCCAAGCAAUACAAAUAAUAAUCCAAACAACACCGCAAAUAGCCCAAGCAACAAUUUAACUAGUCGUUCUCCAAACCCGAAAAGAAUAAGAACUAGUCCAAUAUCUGUUCCUGGAAGUAAUGCCAAUCGACAGCGUCAAGAGUCCACAUCAUCUGUUGGUAGUUGGCAAAUUGUCACUGAAGCAGGAAGUCUCGACUCAAGUACAAACAGCAGCUACAUAAGCCAACAGGAUGCACCGAAUGGACCUAGUACUUCAAAUGCUGCCACAGAUCCAAAAGUCACCUUAACACCUCGAAAACAACGCCUUAAUGCUGUUCGCGCUAUUUUCAUUCAAUCGUAUGGAAAAACUAUUGGUCUAAAAUUCAAAGAAGGUUCUUCCAUGAAUUUAACUUCAUUCAUUGGAACCCUAGCUGACCAGCUAUUUACGUAGACUAGAAGAGAAGAAGGUGCCACAUUAAUAAAAUAAUAAAAAAAAAUAAUCCCUGUUCCAUGCUGUUAUAAUGCCGAGGAUUAACAUUAGGAUACACAAAAAAAAAAAAAAAAAUGAAAAAGAAUAAUGUUAUUAUUAAUUUCAAGCGAUUUAUUUUUAUAUUAUACAAACACUAAUGUUUUGUCUCAUUAUUAUUUAUUUUUACUUCUUUUUUUUAGCCGUAAGCGAUAUCAAUUUAUAAAUAAAUAAAUAAUUUCUGUAUUCUGUUAGAUUGGAGAGUGUUCUUGAAAGACUCUUCGUGUUAUUAUGAUGUUAAAUUUUGUUUAAAAACUAAACUUGCAAUAGUUUUUUUUCUCCCACACUAACACUAAUUUGUUUUGUUUGUUUUUGCUCUUUUAAAAAUAAUGAUAAAUUAAAAAAAAUAAAUAAUUCAGAGUGUGCUGAUUUAAAAUAUUAUUCAUAUUAUCCAACUCGAUGUAAAACCUUUGAGUUUUCUUCCUACAAAAAAAAAAAAAUGUAUUUAAAAGAAUGUUGUGUUUGUUAGAAGAGUUUUUUUUUUUUAAUUUUGUGCAUAAAAGGAAAUUAUUAAAACAAACGAUAUUAUUAGAUCGAUAUUUAAAGGAGAACAUUAUAUACAAAUACAUAACAAAACAAAAUCACAUCAAAAAGUGCUGCCCAAGUUCUUGUAG